UGGUGGUUUGUGAUGUGCACAAAGCCUGUUGACGACCCUCUGACGAAUUCAACUUAUCCUCGGGUCGUGGGCAUAUAAGACCGCCUACUCCCUGCCGGCAAAAAGCCCUCCAAGCUUCAGACCCUGAAUACCUGGAUCGCCACGACACUGUUCAUCUUGGUCACUACCACGCCACACAAGAACAUAUAGCUUGCUUCACACACAUCAUGGCAACGUCAACGAAUAUGGCUGCUGAUCCAGCGGCACCCAUCCACAGCACCCACAGCACCACUGCAGCUGCAACAACAAAGGAACGUAGCGAUCCCCAGCUCGACAUCAACCUCCCGUACCGCACCCUGAGCCCCAACGCCAACAUGGCCGAGUACACGACCGAGACGGCCCAAGGCAGCAUUCCGGGACCUCCUGCCCCUCCUGCCGUGGCGGCUACUGCCGAUACCAGCAGCAGCGUGGGCGGCAAGGGUGAAAAGCGGUACCAGCUGGUCACCUUUGCUCUCGACGACAAGGAGAACCCCAAGAACUGGUCCAAGGCGUACAAGUGGUAUUGCACCAUGGUCGUCGCCAUGACGUGCUUCGUCGUUGCCUUUGCGUCAAGCGUCGUCACUGCUGACGUCGGGGGCGUGGUCGAGGAAUUCGGCUGCAGCGAGGAGGUUGCGCUGCUUAGCAUCUCGCUCUUUGUCGUUGGCUUUGGCCUCGGUCCCAUGGUCUUCGCCCCGCUCUCCGAGCUCUACGGUCGCCGUAUCAUUUACGGCACCACCCUCCUGGUGGCUGUCGUCUUCAUCAUCCCUGGCGCCGUCGCAAAGAACAUUGAGACGCUCCUCGUCGCCCGUGCCAUCGACGGCAUCGCCUUUUCCGCGCCUAUGACGCUCGUUGGCGGUACCCUGGCUGAUCUGUGGAGGGCUGAGGAACGCGGCGUGCCUAUGGCCGCGUUCUCUGCCGCGCCGUUCAUCGGCCCUGCGAUCGGUCCUCUGGUCGGUGGCUUCCUCUCCGACGCUGCGGGCUGGCGCUGGCUGUACUGGAUCCAGCUCAUCCUCGCCUUCAUCGUGUGGGUGCUCAUCACCUUUACCGUGCCCGAGACCUUUGCGCCCACGAUCCUCGCCCGGCGCGCCAAGAAGCUCCGUGCAGAGACGGGCAAUGCCGAGUUCGUCACGGAGCAGGAUCUCGACACCCGCCCUAUCUCGGAGCGGCUCUCCGUCUUCAUGGUCCGCCCGUUCCAGCUGUUGUUCGGAGAGCUUAUCGUGUUCCUGAUAAGCAUUUAUAUGUCUGUUUUGUAUGGAUUGCUUUACGCCUUCUUCGUCGCAUUCCCCAUCGUGUACCAGCAAGGAAAGGGCUAUUCUGCUGGUAUCACGGGUCUGAUGUUCAUCCCCCUCGCAGUCGGUGUCAUCCUCUCCGCAGCCUGCUCUCCAAUGGUCAACAAGCACUACCGCGGUCUCAUCGCCAAGUACAAGGGCCGCCUCCCGCCCCCCGAGCUGCGCCUGGUUCCCAUGAUGGCGUCAUGCUGGUUCAUCCCCAUCGGCGUGCUCAUCUUUGCCUGGACAUCCUACCCGCACCUUUCCUGGGCCGGUCCGGCUCUCGGCGGCCUGCCCGUCGGCUUCGGCUUCAUCUUCCUCUACAACUCGGCCAACAACUACCUCGUCGACUCGUACCAGCACCAGGCGGCCUCUGCGCUCGCUGCCAAGACAUGCAUCCGCAGCUUCUGUGGCGCAGCGGUCGUCCUCUUCACCGAGCAGAUGUAUGACCGCCUUGGCUACCAGUGGGCCAGCACUCUGAUCGCCGGCAUUGCGCUGCUGUGCUGUGCGAUCCCGUUCUUGUUCUGGCGGUACGGUGAGCGGAUCCGCCGGCGCAGCAAGUACGCGUAUGCGGGUGACGAUGAGGAUGUUGCUGCGGAGAAGAGUGCUGGUGGAUCACCAGUGCUCCGAGAGGAUCACUCGGAUGAUGAGGAUCUGAGGAGGGCGCAGAGUUAUGUCAGCAACCCCUAAGGGCUUUCCUAGCUCUAGGUGGUGUAACUGAGAAUAGAAGCUGAAGGAAAGAAGGGGAAAAGGGGGGGGGGCGUUAUGAACGCCUCCGAAUGUUGGGAGGUGCCCAAAAUCUAUGUUGGAGGACAUGGAUUAGGAAGAUGUUCUAAUUGCUCUUUGAGCUGUAGUUGGAGACUUUAGACUGAUACCCAGAUAUAGACAAUGCUUAAUCAUAGACUUUAAUCACACAUUUUACAGGCUGA